GUUGAGAAAAGAAGGCGUGGCUGGAGCUGCAAAAAGUGGUGUUUCAGGUGUUUGUCUCUGUGUGCUUGGAUACCUUACCCUUGCCCUUGAUUGAAGCUAAAGGUGUGGACAUCAUCCCCGCUAUACUAAUCAAUGAUUCUGUCCCGCUCUAAACCUGCCUCUGGACAAGGAGGGGCGGCGGGUACUGCUGCACAAGCUGCCAAGGAAAAGAAAAAGAAGAAGCUCCCUAAACUAGAUGAUUUUGUGAAGAAUAGAGACUAUGCUGGAGCCAUUACGCUGCUCGAGUUUAUUCGGAGCACUGGUAAAUCUGGUGAGGACAGUGACCAGUGGAUGGCCUACUGCUCCUUCCACAGUGGAGAUUACCAGAGAGCUAAAGAGGAGUAUGAGAAACUAACUCGAUCAGAGGGCUGUAAUCCAGACACUUGGUGCAACCUUGCCUGCUGCCUGUUCAUGCUCGGCAUGUACAGCAAUGCUGACAGUGCCUCCUCAAGAGGAUCCAAGGGACGACUGCAGAACAGACUACAGUUCCACCUCUCACACAAGUUUGGAGAUGAGAAGCGGUUGAUGAGUCACCAUCAGGAGCUAAAGAAUAUGAUAGAGGACCAACUCUCCCUGGCUGCCAUUCACUACCUCAGGACACACUAUCAAGAGGCCAUUGACAUCUACAAGAAAAUACUCUUAGACAAUAGAGAAAUGCUGGCACUCAAUGUGUAUCUGGCCAUGUGCUACCACAAGCUGGAUUACUACGAUGUGUCUCAGGAGGUGCUGGCUGGUUAUGUUCAGCAGCACCCCGACAGUGUGGUGGCCAUCAACCUCAAGGCAUGCAACUUCUUCAAACUAUACAACGGCAAAGCUGCUGAAGCUGAGUUGAAGGUACUCAUGGAUAUGGCAUCCACCUCUCUCACGUUUGCCAAGGACCUUCUCCGACAUAAUCUAGUGAUCUUCCGAGGAGGGGAGGGGGCUCUUCAGGUACUCCCUCAGCUGCUUGGGGUCAUUCCUGAGGCGCGUCUCAACCUGGCCAUCUACCACCUCAAGCAAGAUAAUGUGGAAGAUGCAUAUGCUCUAAUUAAGGACCUUGAACCUAGUAGCCCUCACGAGUACAUUCUCAAGGCAGUUGCCAACACUGUCAUUGGUCAGGAGCACGGCACACAUGAGAAUAUCAAGUUGGCUCAGCAGUAUUUUCAACUGGUGGGCGGCUCCGGCAGCGAGUGUGACACCAUCCCUGGACGACAGUGUAUGGCUUCGUGUUUCUUCUUACUCCGACAGUUUGACGAUGUGCUCCUCUACCUCAACUCCGUUAAGGGCUAUUUCUUCAAUUUGGACUCGUUCAACUUCAACUUUGCUCAGGCCAAGGCUGCCACUGGGAACUAUAAAGAGGCUGAGGAGGUGUUCCUGCUCAUUAACUCGGAGGCACUAAAGAACGACUAUGUCUACAUUGGCUGGCUCGCCAGAUGCUACAUCAUGAACCGCAAGCCUCAGGCAGCAUGGGAACUCUACCUCAAGAUGGAAACCUCUGCUGAUUCUUUCAACCUCCUCCAACUCAUUGCCAACGACUGCUACAAGAUGGGACAGUUCUAUUUUGCGGCCAGGGCAUUCGAUGUUUUAGAGAGGCUAGACCCCAACCCUGAUUAUUGGGAGGGGAAGAGGGGUGCGUGUGUGGGGCUACUGCAGCUGGUGAUAGCAGGACAUGAACCAAAGGAGAGCUUGAAGGAGAUAGUGCAGAUCCUCCGCAAUACUCCACAGCCUCAGGCCGAACUGAUUGUGCUCGCUAUUCGGAAGUGGGCCAGAGAUAAUCGAGUGCCCAUACCAGGCUAGGAUAAUAACUGUGAACUCUGUGAGACAGUGUGUAUCACACUGGAUGACCUUAUAUCACUAUAGAUAGGACGUACUUUACAUCAUGUUCAAUCUUUUCACUUUCACUCUUUAUUGUAAAAACAUUAUGCACACUAAACAACCGUUUUUUUGAGUCAAAA